CGCGGCCGGUCAACCAGCACACAAACAGCGCGAUGCCACCCAAGGCGAAGCGGCUGACGAAGAAAGAGCAGCAGGCGCUCGCGCGAAAGGCGGCGCUAGCCCGCGCCAACGGCGUCGAUGACUUCAUGCUCGAGUUUGCACCAUUCGCCUCGUACGCGGCCGGCGACGUGACCGUGGGCCUGCGGUCGCUACCAGCCGCGCAGCUCACGGCCGGCGAGAAGACCAAAAUUGAGGCGCUCUUCUGCGCCAACAUGCAGAGCUUCUACGAGCAAUCGUCGUGGGGCUUUGACAUGGCCGCCAAGCGCGCCGAGCUCUUUGAUCCGGCGGCGCGGUACCUCAUCGCGGGCGACGUCGACGCGUUCGUGCACUUUCGGUUCGUCGAGGACGACGGCGCCGAGAUCGUCUACGUGUACGAGCUUCAGAUUGGCCCGGUGCUGCAGCGGCGCGGCCUUGGGAAGCGGCUCAUGCAGCUGCUGGAGCUCAUUGCGCGGCGAUACCAGAUGAAGUGGAUCGUCUUGACCGUCUUCAAGGCCAACGCAUCCGCGCUCCAGUUCUACACCAAGACGAUGCAGUACGAGGUCGACGCGACGUCGCCGAGCCAGCACGACGACCCUCACGCGUCCUAUGAGAUCUUAAGCAAACACCUCGCGUGACAUUGCUCUUGCCA